AUGGAUGUAAGGACGUCGGUGGCGUCGUCCUCCUCCGUCCCCCUAGGGCGCGGCGAGAUCUCGUCAUCUCUUGGUUGGGUACCUCCGCCAGAGCAGUUAGACCUUCUUCAAGUCAUUUAUGUGUUGCGGCAUGGUGAAAGAACACCCGUGCGUCGGCGGCUCACGUCCGCCGAGCCGCCACUACCGCACCGCUGGAAUUUGUGCCAUGCAUCUCAGGUGUUCGGGCAGAGUGUGAUGCAGCAUACAGGCUCUGACGUUGGCUUGCCACAUGGCAAGCCCCACAUACCCCGCCGCAUUGAGUUCACCGUGCACAACGAUGCCCCCCAAACCGGCGAGCAUGGCGACUGUCUGUUGGGUGAGUUGACAGACAAGGGGCGCAAGACGAUGCAGCAUAUCGGUGAGGCGUUGCGUGCGCGCUAUUUCGAUGCAGAGCAUCUUCUUCCUCCGAACCUUGCGAAAGAAGAUGCGCGUUCCUUGUAUCUUCGGAGUACGCACAUGAGCCGCACAAUCCAGAGCCUCGAGGAGUUGGUCCGAGGGCUUGUUGGACCGAAUGCCGUGUCUACGCCAGAGAUUCUUGUGCGGAAUACCUUCGAUGAGGACUUGCUGCCUAACCCACGCAAGUGCCCAAAGUUAGGUGUAUUGAUGCAAAAGUUUGCUGACCUGGCCGUGGACGUCUACAACCCCCGGCUGGCUAAAUAUGAUGAUGUGGUUGCGCCGCUGGACGGGGGUGCUGCUCCGAGGCUUAAUGACGGGCCACGACUAAGUGGGCUCUUUGACACCAUGCGCUCCGCUACUGCGCAUGGCAUUCAACUGCCUCAGUCGUUGGAAAAUCCAGAGCUGCAGACGCUUAUGGAACACGCUGUGCUGGACGAGUGGUUCGGAGGUUACGCUUCCCGUGAUCCAGAUGAGCGGCGGCAGUACCGUCGCAUGGCGCUGGGUACGUUCUUCGAGAGCCUGUGUGAUACCUUUGCUCGGCGUGCGACGUUGGGCGAUGCGGACCCACGCCGCAUGUCGAUAUUACUCGGUCACGAUGCGACACUGGUCGGAAUGACGCAUAUGCUGGACGUAUGUAACCACCGGUGGCCAGCGUUUGGUGCAGGAUUGGGCCUGGAGCUCUUCCGCGAUCGCUCGAGCACCGAGCCAGUAACGGCGCAGCAUAUGCCUGGAUACUAUGUGCGGUGCCGCUAUGGUGACGAGGAGCUCCGUCUGCCUGGAUGCCAGGCACCUGGCAAGCAUUGGAGCGGACGCCCUGAACUCUGUACAUUGGAUGCAUUCCGCGAAAUUGUGGUCGACAGAUUACGGCACCCACAGGGACUAACGAUACAACAGGAAUGUACUAUGUGA